GCGCAUGCGUGCGGGGAGCUGCUGGCCGGGGUGACGGGAGCUCCGAAUUAGACUCGUUUGUGUGGAAACCUCAGACGAACAUGGCAGAUGAUUUGAAGCGGUACCUUUAUAAACAGUUGCCCAGUGUUGAGGGUCUCCAUGCCAUUGUAGUGUCUGACAGAGAUGGAGUACCUGUAAUUAAAGUUGCUAAUGAUAAUGCCCCAGAGCAUGCACUCAGGCCUGGAUUCCUCUCCACCUUUGCCCUAGCCACAGAUCAAGGAAGCAAGCUGGGACUCUCAAAAAACAAGAGCAUCAUAUGCUAUUACAAUACUUACCAGGUUGUCCAGUUUAAUAGAUUGCCUUUGGUGGUUAGCUUCAUAGCCAGCAGUAACGCUAACACAGGUUUGAUUGUGAGUCUGGAGAAAGAACUAGCACCACUCUUUGAAGAGCUGCGUCAAGCUGUGGAGAUUUCUUGAAGCAGACCCACCAGACAAGGAAACUGAUGUUGCUCCUGGAAGAUCUUGGAACUUUUGCUUUGCAUUUGAUAUGCUGCAUUUGAUUUCCAGUUCAAAUAUAGCCUAAACCUCUUUUGAAUUGUGGAAUUAAAUCUUGUUUCAAAAUCCUUGUAAGGUUGAGAUAAGAAUAAACUUCUGCACUUGGAUUCUGUUGAACAGUAUUUCCACAAUACUGGAUUUGUUGAUUCACUCUCAUGAGUGAUGUGUUGUGCACAUCAUGGAGACCUAUACUGUUUUGUUUUUGAAUGAAUUAAAUGUUAGCCUAUUAUGGCAUUGUUUCUGUCACAGCAUGUGGAGUGUCAGAAGCUGUAGGCAGUCAAACAUACAAAUUUGGAAAUUCCUGGUUUAGCUAGAAUUACUCUCAUGUGCCAAAGGUGAAUCCCACUCAAUAACAUUCCGAAUGUUAACGUCAUGAAACUGAGUUGUAAAACCACUGUUCUGCUAACUGGCAAUCAAAUGUAACGAUCUGAAAACAGACUGACUUCUCUGAUGUUAACAAUCAGAUUGGUGGCCGACCUGAGGCACAGCUGGAUAAUUCCAAUUAGAUGUUAGGAGUUUCUAAAUUCAAACCACACCCCAUCCUCUGUGCAUUGUGUACUUUGCUUUUUAGCAAGAGAGAGACUCUUGCAUUGGUUUCUGUUUUUACAGUGUCGUUUUGACUUUAAUACAGUCCUUGUCCUGAUAUGUGCUGUACAAUCGUGUUUGAACUGCCUGUUGUGCUGUUGGUUAUCAAGCACAGAAUGGAGCAGUGAUUUAUUUGUUUACAUAUAAAGAGAAAAUAAAUACAAGU